GCGCAAGUCAGAUGGGCCCGGUGAGGGAGCGCGGGGAGUGGAGGGGAGCCCUGCUGAUGGGGCAUCAGCCUCACAAGGCGUUUGAUGAUUGGAGAGGUGGCAUCGAAGCCCUCAGAAGAGAACAGGCGGCGGGUGCCUGGCACCGGGCCGUCAUCGCAUGUGGUGGGCUAUUAGCGAGCAGCCUUCACUGCGCCCUAAACUCGACUUUGAGCUGCUGCGCUGCGCAGAUGACAUGGGCGACGCGGAAAAACACCGUCACUCGCGUUGUCCAGGUGUCUAGCUGAUUGAUGAGCGAGUGAAUGAUGAAGAGUGGGCGACCGUUGGUCUGAUAUAAGACCCGGAUGCUCCCGUCAAAAUGUCCAGUCAGGCUUUCCAGGCUUUCCACGCUUGCCAGGCACUCCAGAGCCAUGGGGUUGGUUGUGCCUUGCGAUUGCGAGGAAGUUCCCUCCAGCCAGGCGUCAGGGAUCACAAGAACCGUGAGGCUUUGGGGAAUCGUCCGAACGCCGAAGCUCCAAGCUCGAAAGCUGACGGGGCGGAUUGGGCGGGGAUGGGCGGGGAAGGUUCCCCCGAGUGCUGCACGUGCGGGGUGGAAAGGAAUGGUGGUGUGGUGCCAGCUGGUAAGCUUCUCUGUCAGCCCGCGGCGGCCGCUGUCAUCUGGCUCGCCCGGCCGCCCGGCCACGGCUGCGCGUCGAAAAUCCAGGAAUUGGAUCUGCAUGCAUUGAAGAGGCUCAGGGCGUCAAAUCGGGCAGGACACCAGGGCGGUGUUGGUUGGUUGACGGCCUCAGGCAUGAAUUGCAUCAGAAGCCAGUUUGCCAGAAUUGGUCUUCUGCCCACACCCUCACAACCUCGCACCCUCUCCCUCCCCUUCUCCCUCGUUCGUCAGGUCAUCGCAGCCGACUUUGGGCCAAAGACUGGCCGGCUAGAUCAACCGAGGCCAGACUCGAAGCGCUGGCGGGUUCCAUGUUGGGCCAGCAGUUUGGCGAGUAUGGCUUGACUAACUCACGGCUCAGGUUGACAUUUCAAAGUCUGAGGUUGGUGAUGGCGUUGAGACCGAGAGAGGGAAAUGCCCUCCGGGGCUUCCCUUUGCGAGAAAAUCAGGAGAGGGGAGCGCUGAGAACACUGAUGGAAUCACCCCUUUGCCCUUCUGCCCUUCCACCAUCUUAGGACUGAUCCGUCUUCGGACUGAUC